GGCCCCUGAGACCCCCUCGGGCUCCAGGAUGGGGUUGAGAACCAGAACCUGCCACUGCACAGCGGGCCUGAUGCUGCUGGUUGCCGGCACGUUGGUUUCCAUGGUGACACCUAGCUCACCUGCUGCAGGUGUGCAGGACUUAAACAGGAUGACUGAUUCUCCCCCCAACGGACCCCCGGCCCCCCUUCCCCUCUCAGACUCUGGCUACGUUGGUGUUUCCGGCUCGGUGGAGGACCAGGACUCUGGAGCUCAGGGGAUCCACCUCCUGCUGAGACCUCCAGACCUGCUAUCCCCCAGCCUCGCACCUCCCCUCCCCCCCCACAUCCAGCCCACCCUCACCCCUCCCCCGCUCUGGGAGAACGGCCCCUCCCUGGAGGAGGCCUGGGGGUCUGGGGAUUACCUGGAGACCCUCUCCUUCAUGGUCCCAGACGGGGAGGAGCUCACCACCCCUCACCCCCAAGACCAGGACCAGGUGCCUCAUCACGGGGGGGUCUGGGUGUCCUACGACAGCGACUUUCCGGCUCGGCCCACCCUUCCCCUAUCCCCUUCCUCCCCCACCAUCCCCAUGCAGACCCGCCCCUCCCACCCAGACCUGUUCCCCACCUGGGACGAGGACUACGACCUGGAGGACCUGACCCCACUAGAGCCCACCGAGCUGCUGCUGCCCGACAUGAACAGCCUGGAGUAUUACACCAACCUGCAGGCCCGCGAGAGGGAGCGGGGGCGGGACCAAGACUCCAGACCCCCCAUUGCUCCCACAACAACCCUCACCUCCCACCCUCCAACGACCCUAAGCUCUGGUUCUCCUCCAGGACGGCAACCCACCCCUCCCCUCACACUCUCACCCACCCUCACACCUGAGCAGAACCCACCGCCAUUGGUAACCACCGUCAGAACUGCUUCCGCUCCACAACCCAAAGACAGAGGCUCGAUCCCGGGCAGACCCCCUCCUCGACCCCCUUCCAACAGCACCGGACGAGUGCCUCCUCCUCCCCCACUGGGGCCCCCCAACCGCCCCGACAGACCGGAGAGACCCCUGGUGGUCACUGAGAAACCAGUGAAGGUGCCCCCCACAGCCAACAAGGCAACAACCACAACCAAGGGGACCACCACAACCACCAAGGGGACCACCACCACAACCCAGAGCACCGCCAUCAGCCUGACCAGAGCCCCCCCUGUCACCACACCCAGAGUGACCCCCCCCACCAGACAGUACCUCUGCAAUGUAACCAAGCCGGAGAUGUACCUGGUCCGAGUCGUGAGCUCCAAAGGAUCCUCAGCAGGCAUCACCACCGUCAGAGAUCUUCUGAAGAGAGAGUUUAAUCGCUCCGUGGAACUGCAGUUCCUCAGAACCCCGUCCAGUUUUGCCUUCCGGGUCGUCUCUGGACCUCUGAUAUUCACCUCGGUAUCGGUGAUCUCCGCCCUCCGUCGGGCUCCUCGCGGCUCCGGUCCCAUCCCCUCUGUGGCACCACUGUACACCGUUCCGGACCUCCGGUACCAGAUCCACUCGGUGCUGCAGUUCGUCCCCGAACACGUUGACGUCCGAAUCUGCAGCUUCAGCCAGAGGGUCGAGAGGGGGCUGAUUAUGGCCUACGCCGAGACCCGCCGGCGCUACCAGGAGUCGGGAAACAUCACCGUACAGCUGCUGAACAUCACCACGGCUGCGUCUCGGCCUGCGGCGGCGGCGAAGGUUUCUGUCGACAUCACGUUUGCUGUGCGAGAUGGGCGAGGUUUCCUGCCGGGGUCCGAAGUCAGUGAACACCUGAGGAAACUCAGCCCGGUGGAGUUCAGCUUCUACAUCGGGUUCCCCGUGCUGCAGAUAGCUGAGCCGUUUUAUUACCCCGAGCUGAACACAUCUCACCACCUGCGCUCCACCUGGGUGCGAACAGUUCUGCUGGGCGUUCAGGAGCAAACGGUGUCCGAGCAGAGCUUUAAAGCCCGUCUGGAGAGGCGUCUGGCUCUGCUGCUGGAGGAGGGCCAGCAGGUGGCGAGCAGGAGGCGCUGGAGGAGGGCGUCCGCUGCCGGGAACAGCAGCCUGCAGGUGGUGCGGGUGUCGCUGCUCUCCGGCCCUCAGCGCCCCCUGGAGGUAUUUUACUUUGUGGAGGGUCCGGGUGGAGACAGGAUCCCUGCUGAGACCACAGCGCUGACCCUGAACCGGCUGGACCUGCAGAGAGCCGCCAUCGUGCUCGGACACAGGGUCCAGAGACCCCUGGCUCAGCCGGUGGAGCUGCUGUCGCCCCCCCCAGCGGAGACCCAGUCCUCCAGUGUUUGGCUGAUCGUGGGGGUUCUGGUCCCGGUGCUGCUGGCGCUCUUCAUCAUCGUCCUGCUGUACUGGAAGCUCUGUGGCUCAGAGAAGCUCGAGUUCCAGCCUGACGCCAUCAACACCAUCCAGCAGAGGCAAAAGCUUCAGGCCCCAAGUGUUAAAGGCUUUGACUUUGCGAAGCUGCACCUGGGUCAGCACAGUAAGGAUGACAUCAUGGUGAUCCAGGAGCCUGGCCCGCCCCCACCCACCAAAGAGGCCACACCCUCCGACGGCGGCGACCUCAACACCCCAAAAUCCAAGGGUUCUUCCACCAAGGCACUGCGGUCCAGCCGCCGCCGGGGCCGGCUCAGCCCGUCAGAGGGAGACUCGUUAGGCAGCGACCAAUCGAGCGGCAGGGAAUCGGCGGAGGAGAGCACGCGGGCCGUGGCCACGCCCAGCGAGGGGAAGCACAGGAAGACGCCCAAAAAUGGUCAGAGGAACAAGAUGGGCAGUGCUACAGACGAGCUGCUGUCCUCGUCCUCCAUCUUUGAUCACGUGGACCGCCUGUCUCGCGGAUCAUCUGACAGUACAAGGCGGCAGAACAACAACAAGGUGCAGCUGAUCGCCAUGCAGCCGCGCCCCCCCCAACCUCACCUGAGCCCCUCCCUCACCGAGAGGGUCAGCCAAGAGGUGGCGCUGCGACACAAGUCAGAGAUCGAGCACCACCGCAACAAGCUGCGUCAGCGCGCCAAGAGGCGGGGCCAGUGUGAGUUCCCGUCCAUGGACGACAUCAUGGACGCCUUUGGGGAGGGUCCGGUGCAGAGUGCGGUGGCACAGAGGCUCUACAGCUCUGCCCACGACCACAUGGAUUGCAUCCUGCAGGCCGACAUCCCCCCCACGCCCACCGACUCCCGCCGGAGGGGGAGGCGCUCUCCUCGGGGUCGGAGAUCUCAGCCAGGACGGGGAAGUCUUCCUGACACCGACAGAGACCGACUGCUCACCGACCACAGUGCCACCUACAGGAAGUACCCGGGACUCAACAACGUGGCCUACAUGUCGGACCCGGACCUCCCUCCAGACCAUGGCAGCCCCUCGCCAACUGAUGAGGUGUUUGACUCGGCCCCCCCUCCGCCGCCCUACCUGCCCCCCCAGCCCUCCAUCGAAGAGGCACGACAGCAGAUGCUCUGCCUGCUGGACGACGCCUUCGCUCUGGUUUCUCCGUCCUCGGGGGGCAGCGGGGGGCUGAGCGGACCCUCCCACCGACCCCCCUACCCUGCUGCCUCCCCACACAGCCCUUUCUCUGCGAGGUACGCUGAGCUCGGCAUGUCUCCCACAUCGAUGCAGAACCUGCUGCAGAGACAGGGCCUCAGCUCCGGAGGGUUUGUCACCACCGGAGAGCAGGACUCUGUUUACUCCAGCAGGGGGCAGUACGAGGACCCCCCCUCCUCAUCCAGACCGCGACCUGUAGGGGGCAGCACAGGUGCGCAGCUGCAUCACCUGACCCAGGUGGGUUUGUCCAGUCAGAUCGGAGCAUACCCCGGGGUCGGUCGCAGCAUGUCCGGACCCACCGGGUCCAGCUGGAAUCAACAGCACUCGGACCAGGACCUGAGCCGAUCGGGGCCCAGCAGAGAGAGCGUUUUGUCGUUCCCUGAGUUUUCCUCCUCCUCAGUUUUUCAGAUGCCCAGCUCCUCAUUGCGGGAUCCGUCGGCGCCACCUCUACUCCUGACCUCCCCGACUCCAGAGUAUCCACCGGAGGACGCCUCGCCCUCCGCCCACACCUCUGCCUCCCUCAUAAAGGCCAUCAGGGAGGAACUGCGCCGACUGGCCCAGAAACAGGUGGCAGUAACCAGCUACCCUUAGACUGGUGGAUCAGGACUCAACUGGUUUCAUCCAUUAUAGUUUUUCACAGCCUAAGACUGGAUUACAACCAUGAAUUAACUGAUCCGCCUCUCUAGAACUAAUCUGCGUCUGUGCCGCUAAACCCAACAUGACUCUGGAUCACAAUCCAAGUCACAAAAAAGUGACAGUAUCUGAAAGACCUCCGGUGUUAAACAGGGUCCGUCUGUCGGUCCGUUAUCCUUCAGCUCAGUGUUUCAUCAGACCAGAGUUCAGGUUUCCAUUGAAGUGCUUCCUGAAGUACAUUCAAAGAUCAUUCUCGCUGGACUUCAAGAGUGGAUCUUUGAACACCUGAAGCACCAGGCCAUUCCUAAAUGUCUGGAGCACAUCGUCCCUGAUCUUCUGGAACCUCUCCUCGAUGUCCUUCAGGACCUUAUGGAGUGGAUUGUCCCGUCUGAUCUUCUGGGGUGGAUCUUACCCCAUGAGGAUCUGGAGUGCACAGUCCUUGCAGGGUCGACUUACUUUCUGGUUGUUCCUCCUAAAGUUCCUCAUUCAGAUGUUUCUGCCUGAAGUUCUUAAUCGGACGGUCCCUCCUGAGGUUCUGCAGUAGAUCUUCCCUCCUGAGCUUCUUCAGCAGAUCUUCCCUCCUGAGGUUCUUCAGCAGAUCUUCCCUCCUGAGGUUCUUCAGCAGAUCUUCCCUCCUGAGGUUCUUCAGCAGAUGUUCCCUCCUGAGGUUCUGCAGUAGAUCUUCCCUCUGGACUUCCUGUGGUGCUAGCCUUCUGCCUCAUACCGUCUUCAUCGACCACUGAUUGCCUUCCACCCCCCCAUCAGAGCAGACCUCCAUUCAUCAGCCAUCCUCGAGGUCUUUGAAAGGAGAAUAAGAAUAUAUAAAUAUCUAUAAGAGGUUAUCUGAGUGUCUGUAAAGAAAUAGAAAUUCAAAUGAGCACAACAUAAAUGUAAGAGUUAUCGGAGUAUUGAGAUGUUACUUAUUUUCUAUUGCUUAUAUAUGAAAGUAUACUUUAAAUAUUUUAUUUUGAUCAGAAAAAAGACCAACUACUGUUCUAUGGUUGUGUUCCUCUUGUGUUUGAGCUCGCUGUAAAGUUUGAGCUGGUUUUUCUGAUUGUUGAUUAGCGUAGCUGCUAGCCUGUGUCGUUCAUGUAUCAGUGGCAAACCAAAAAAAGAAUUAGCGCUUUUUGCAUCGCUUUGAUAUCAAGUUCCUUCAUCGCUGAUAUGUUGCAUCCAUCAGUGUGGGCAGGACAUUUUUAUAGGUAGGUGGGUUGGAGAUGUUUCUGUAGUGGGCAGAGACCAAAAACCAGUCAUUCAUCACAACCAGAAACUAAAGCUAAACAUCCACUGACCCAAUGACCUCAAUCCUGGAUCACUGAUCAAGAGGACUACUGAGCAGGGGCCAAGAUUGUGAACAUGUGACGAUAGAAAAUGUGUUUAUGACACACCCUAAUUGUUCCUGGUAACGCUAUUUGUGUUGAAAUCUGCCAGAACAGCUAGCUCAUUAGCUGGUAGCCUUUAAACUGUUAGCUUUCAGCAUUUAGCUGUAAGCAUAUGUUUAACAGGUGUUACAUUAUGGUGCAUUCAAGCUCUCGCUAGUAAAAAUGACUCAUAGGCCUUUUAAUGAGCAAAUAGGAUAGAUAUUAGAGCGGGAAAUAUGGCCUUCCUAACAAAUCCAGUAUGCUAAUGGACUGUUUGUUUGGUUUUACUGGUUCCGACGAGGCCGUCGUUUGUUGGAGAUCGAAAUUUGAAUCGGGACUUAGUUGAACAGACUUAAAUGAUCCAGUUACGUCCUGAAGUCCUGGAGCCCGGGAUGUCGGUGUAGAUCCAGCUUCCUGGUGAUUGUUUGGAUGAAUGACUGGUGGUCUGUUUCUGUGGUGAAGGACACUCUGGUUUUGGGAGCGUUUGUCCGUCUCUUCUCCGGCAUGUUCGACACAGUUCGAGGCUUCUCGUGAUGUAAAUGUUCAGCAUGCUGCUAACGUGUUUAAACUAAAGAGUGAGCAGAGUGGUUCAUGUCCCAACAGUAGAGGUAAAUAUGAUGCUUUUUGCUUUGCAUUUCCAAAAGAUAUUUUUUAAGCUAAAAGCAGAUGGUUCCAGUAAAUCUAAAUGAAAGUGGGUAUGGUGUUGAAUAGAAAAACAUAUAUAUAUAUAGAAAUCUUUAACGUGUGAUUGCUCUGCUGACCAGGACUGGUUCUGGUUCCUGUCCGUCACGCUGAGGCCCCGCCUGCAGGAUCACAUGGUGCUAACUCGAUGCCCCACGGUGAAAAAACACUGGGACAUUUAGCCGGUGGGCGUCGAGCGUUACUACCUGCUGUCUGCAGAUCACACACUCCUGCUGAAUGUUUUCUACCCUCUGUGUUUUCUAUCUGAGACGCUCAGAACACACACCGCUGAACCGGCUCGCCACCGAACCACAGACGCCCGGUGGAGAGUGUCUUCAGCUAGUCCUGCACACGCUAACCUGGGCACACGCUGUAGGACCGGUUCACAAACACAUCGACUCCAGAUAUUACGUGAUGGGAUUGUGUUCACGGCAGAAAUUAAGUUGUGUCCUCAAUAUUAACUUUUAAACCGUUUUAAUCGUGUCCUGUAAGCUCAGCAUGAAGGUGAGACACAACUCGAUCCAAACUAGCUCAGACGUUUGAUCACCGAGACGAGCUCCCUUACUCAGACGUGAGGAACCUGAUGGACGUAGCUCAUCCGAUAGGACGCGUCUUCAGCUGAUUGACAGACAGGAACACGUGUGCUCAGGGGAGCGUCCUGCAGCACUUCCUGUUCACCUGGUGUCUGUAGUUUGGUUGUUACCCUGGUCCAGAUUCUGAGUCAAAUACAUUCCUGUUCCUCCGGACACCAGGCAGCAGAUUCUCUCUGAUAUACAUAGAUGUUAUUAUGGUAUGUAUAUUUAAGAGAAGCUGCUGCACUAGGAGUCUAAGUGAA